UUCUGAAUUAAAAGGUCAAAACUAAACAACCCAAGUAAAUUCGAGUGUAUGGUAUAUAUGGCUUAAUCCAUAUAGUAAUGUACAUAUAAAAACAUUUGUUAGUGAAAUACCAACAAUUCGGUAGUCACAUUCUUUACAAACUUUCCUGAUAAAAAGAAACUCCACUUACGAUCAAUGUAUUCUGAUUUCUGACUAUGUUAUAUAUUAGCCGAAAACAGGAAACUCCACUUUUGGUUUUUGUGUGAGCGAGAACCUUUUUGCCAAUGGAUUUGGUAAUAUUGACUUUCUUUUUCUUUUCUUUUUAUAUAUCUUUACUAUUUUAUGUUGUGUGUACGUAUUCAUAUACCAAAAUAUUUUCCAUAUUGGAUGUAUUUUCCAUUAAUUUUGCGAGAAAAAUAUAUAGAAUACACCGUGAAUGAAUCAUUAGAGAUAUAUGUACAAAGUUAAUAAAAAUCAAAUUUAUAACCUGUUUUUCUUUACCUUAGACUACAUGCACACCAAACAUUUUUUUUCGUCAAACUAUUUAUAAGAUAGUACUACCAUCUCACUCAAAAUUCAACAAUUAUUUAAAUAACUAGUUAAAAUUUCAAAGUAUUGUGUAUAAUGCUAGAGAAAUUAAUACGGUCACCAACUCACAUUUGUGAUUUGUAUCAUGAUUCAUGCCUUUAAUUACUAAAUCAAAACUAAAAGCUACAUUUUACGUACGUUGGUUAAAGGAUGUCGUCUUUUAACUUAUUUGCUUAUGACCUAAUUUCCUAGCGACUACUCCUGACCGGUAAGAUACCUAAUUUUGUCGCAUAAUUAUGGAUUAUGUAGAUUAAUAUAUUAUAAUUUAUCAACUAAGUAUACCGAUACGUAUAAAAUUCUUGCGACUCUUCUUUUAUAAAUAAAUAUAUCCAAGUUUGUUGACUAAAACCACAUCGUCACCUAUAAAUGCAAACCCAUCAUCAAUAUCAUAGUCUUCAUGCAAGCUCCAAUAUUUCCAAGGCAGUAAAAAGAAACAAAACUAAACCAAAUAACUUACUUAACCAACAAGACAUGACGGAAGAAUUUGAAACCGUCGGAGUUCGCACCGGACCAUGGUGGAGUUUCCCCAGCGGCAUGUUCUCCGACUUGUCUCAGCCACGUUCUACUGAAAUAUCCAUCGAUAUUGGCGGAUUUGAAUGGCAAAACAUUGAUAACAUUGAUGCCGAAACCUAUGACAAGAGCCAUACUUCUACAUUAUCAAGCAAUAGAAAUCUUGAUUCCACCUCACAAGUCAAUGCUUGGAACCAAUAUAACCAUCGUGAAGAAGAAAGAUUCGAUCCGAUAAGUAGUUUCUUAGAAGGAUUGUUUGAUAACAGUGAACUAUCUGUUCCUAGUGUGAAACCAGAACUACUCGAAAGCUUUCACUUCUUCGAUGACGUUUUCUUGAACGAAUCAAGAACCGUAUCAGUCUUUGAUCACGAGAUUGGAGACAAACACGAUGAAGAAAUACAAGCCUGGAAGAGUCUAAUUACUUGCGAAAGAGCUAGUGAAAAAACUGAAGACCUCGAAGAUAUUGAGUCAUUACCGCCAUUAAAAAGGCCUAGACUCGAGACACCAACACAAUUUCCGAGCUUCAAAGUUCGUAAAGAGAAACUCGGAGAUCGAAUCACCGCCCUUCAGCAGUUAGUUUCACCCUUUGGCAAGACAGACACUGCUUCUGUCCUACAUGAUGCUAUAGAGUACAUCAAGUUUCUUCAAGAACAAAUCACUGUCUCGAGUAAUCCACAACUGAACUCUAAAGGAUCUGGUGAACAGAAGCAGUGGUCAUACAAUGGUACUCAUGCUGAAGACUCUAGUCUAGGACAAGAUCUUCGAAGCCGUGGUCUUUGUCUGAUUCCGAUUUCAAGUACUUUCUCCACCUCUCCGCUGCAUUUUGGACUCAUUUAAGUUCUGAAAUUAAACUCUUCCAAUAAACCAAAAAUAUAAUUAUUACAAAUGUCCGAACAUAAUUUAUUUUUUUGGUAAGAACUGUAAAUUCCGAUGUUAGUUUGGUUAAGAAAUGUGUUAUCUCGUUGGGUUUACUUCCUACGGUUUAGUUGUAUCACCAAAAAAGAAAGAAUUGAUUUUGUGAUUUUGCGGAUUUUUUUACCAACCAUACUAUUUUAUGUUUAUGUUCAAUUAUUCUGUCGUUUUAACGGCAGAAAAAAAAACAAGAAUGCGUGAGAUAUUAGUUAAUUAGGCUAAUAUUAGAGUUAAAUGUAUUUUUCAAAGUUUCGUGAUUCCACUACACAAAUUAUUUAUUUUCACAGUCCGGGUCCGUGAAACCUGUCAGAAUCUAUAUAAAGAAAUGGAAUACUGUGGAUUAGACAAAUAAAAUGGUGUUUUUGUCAACUAAAUUAGAUACGUUAGAGUUUCAGCACUGAUAUAAUUUUGACAAAGUAUAUCAAAUAUAAUAUGAAUAUAAUUUACUAUUACCACUAAAUUUUUUAAAAAAGUUAGAUCAAUAAUAAAGAACCAAAAUUUCUAAGAUUUUUUAAACUAUUUUAAUAUCUUUUUAAAAGAUAAAUAAUUGUCUUAUCUCUUCUCUUUAUAAUUUUUAUAUGUAUAUAUUAAUAUUUUUAAAUGAAAAAUAUAUAUUUUAAAGAAACUCAUCGAUGUACAUACUAUUGAUCAGGAUACCCCAAAUAUCUCAAACAAAAAAGAUAUUCAAUUAAAAAAUCUCUCUUUAAUAAAGCAGCUCCUUUUGAUGAUACUCAAAGGACACAGCUCUGUUUUGUUUUGUUUGUGUGCCCUCAAAUCAAGGCAUAUGAUUGAAUAAAAAACAUACAACAAUCAUCUUUAAGCACUGUUUCCGAAGAACAAAAAAAGCAAGAGUCAACCGAAAAAAAAACACCACUCUAUUUUAGUAGAAAGAAAUCAUUGCAGACUAUAGACGAAAUGCUUUUGUUAUGAGCACGCCACAAUUGAAACUAAAAAAUAACCCUAAUUCGAGUAGACAAGAAUCAUAAAGUACACUAACUGGUUUGUCUCAGUGACUGUUGCACUACAAAGACAGGGUUGUCUUAUAGAAUCAUCAAAGUUCUUAGGAUACUAACCAAAAAAUUGGAGGAUUUAAUUUCUUGAAUCCAUGAAUGUUUACACAAAACCAAAUAGAUCAAUCAAGUGCUCAGACUAAAUUGAUUUGUAAGAAGCAAUGAUUAUCACUGUUUCUGCAUAUACCAACACAGUGAUUCAACUAGCAAACAGUGUGUACCUAAAUUGAGUGAAUCAAAAACCAAACAAAAGUGCAAUCACUACUGUUGCUAUUCAUUAGAAAUUAAGUGAAAUUUUUAGGCACCACGAUACCUGAACUUGACCGGUUAGAGCAUGCAAGAAUACUUGCAACAAAGGGUUGGAUUCAACAUGGUAAGGGAUUAAACGCUAUGAAAAAAAUGAAAAUGCUUCAUUGACCAAAAACAUUAAACGUUUAUGUAAGAAUGAAUACUUACAACUAAUGGUUGGACUCAACAGAGAAGACAUUAAAAACACUAUGAAAAUGGUAAAAGAUUACAAUUUUCUUGAAGAAGACUUAUCUGUAUGAUCCUUUUAUUUCUUUGAAUGUACACAAAAACAAAAACCUUAAAAAAGCAUUUGCAUUUUGCUUUGAUGAAAACCUACGCCUUUUUUUGUUUUCUUCUUCCUUUCAUUUGUACAUGAACUACAAGAGGAGAAUCCAGCACAACAAAACCCCCCCAACUUUACCUCCACAUUCAGACCAGACAACACAAAAACAACAGAACUACAAUCCC